AUGGCGGCUCGCGAGAACGCCCGCAUCAAUACCCUGCUUGACAUUAACUCCGUUCUGUUGAAGGAGGUGGUUCAUCUCCAAGAAGCAUCAAGCAAGGUAGGUACUGCUUCCCCGAGUGGUGAUACGAAUGCGUCGCUAAUAAAAGCUAUCAAGGCGAAUGGCUCCAAACUAACCCGGGAGUACAUCGAGUACAUGCGCCGGGUGCAAGCUAACUUGGCCUACCUUGUUAUGGUCGAUCGCGUUCACAACCCCGGCGGCACUGCUCUCCAGGCCCCGGCCAUCAUGACACCCCCGACGAGCCUGCCUGCCGUCCACGAGCUCUAUGCUAAGCUCAAUGAGCUAUUCCUUGAGCCAUUCAUAUUGCCAAUGCCGAGGCCUGAAUCAAGGGAGGAUGGGGCGAUCCGAAUACGCGGUCUAGCGAAAUCCAAGGGUACAUUCAACAGAGUUUCAUUAGCCUUUGAUGAUGAUCUUAGACUUCAAGCGUGA